AUGAUUCAAGAAAUACAGUGCAUGAAUUAUGUACUUCUAAGGUUCGUGUUACCAAAAGUCAAAGAUGGUGGUUUGAAAGGCGUUUCCGAUUUCAUGUACUAUAUGAUAGAAAUGUCGUACAAAGGGAAAUUUGUAGUGACCACUUGGCUUUGGGAGCUGCAUAUAAAACUCUUAGGACUACAACAGAAUAUGUUGGAACCCCAAACGUUCUUAGAAACACACUUAACAAAGAUAAACGAAAUCCUACAGAAGUCGAUAACGUUGUGUCGAGAUAAUAACUAUUUAAAGGAAAAGUUUGACUACUCCAAUCAAGAUGUGCUGAUGAAAAUUGUCGAUUGUCUCAAUUUCAUGAAUGGAUUUUUGCAUUCGCUGACCGACGUCGGUCACAACGUUACGGUUUUCACUUGGUUUCCAGAGGGAAGGCGAGAAAACUACACAGAAAUCGUUUUUAAGGGACCAAAGCUUUCAAACAUUGAUUUAGUUGAAUACAAAGAGCUUCUAAACACUCCGAGAAAUCUAAUCAACAGUGUGGUGAACGUUAACAGGCAAUCAUGUGAUAUCAUUUAUUCAAAUUCCAAAAUAAAAACGAUAAUGACUGAGGGCAAUACCGGUGAGUUCGAUGUCAUCGUCAGCGAAUCGUACGCUUCGGACUCCAUUAAGUCCAACCCUAGGCCGUACGACUAUGUAGAACCUGUCAAACCGUCCUUGGUGUUUGUGAAUAGCCAUUUCAUCGUUGAACCGGCAAGACCCAUGCCACCCAAUUUCAUAGAAAUCGGCGGCAUUCACCUUGCCGGGCCUAAAGCAAUACCAAAAGAUAUACAAGAGUUUAUUGACAAUUCAUCAAAUGGAGUUAUUUACUUUACGUUCGGAUCGACAGUGAAGAUGUCAUCAUUUCCAGACCACAUAAGAAACGCAUUUAAACUAGCUCUUGCGCGCCUCCCCCAAAGGAUACUGUGGAAAUAUGAGAGUGAAAUAGAAGACAAACCGGACAACGUGAUGACGAAAAAGUGGUUCCCCCAACGUGAUAUUCUUUUACACCCAAAUAUCAAACUGUUCAUCGGGCACGGUGGAAUAUCUGGCGUGUUUGAAGCCGUCGAUGCUGGAGUUCCGGUGUUAGGAUUUCCUCUUGUCUACGACCAACCGAGAAACAUUGCUAAUCUCGUCGACGCCGGAAUGGCCAUUUCACUCGAUGUGACGACCGUCACCGAAACUCAGAUAUUCGAAUCGGUUAAUAAAUUAAUUAACAAUGAAACGUACUCGUCUAACGCUAAACUGGCUUCUAAGCGUUUCAAGGACCGCCCAAUGUCACCUGCUAAAACAGCCGCUUACUGGACGGAAUUUAUUGUACGACAUAAAGGUGCACAACAUCUAAAGACAAAAGCAUUUGAUCUCACGUGGUAUGAAUACUACCUUUUAGACAUACUAUCUCUAAUACUCGUCACAAUUUCACUGAUUGGCUUUAUUAUUUAUACAUGUUUAAAAGUUAUAUGCAAACCACUUUUAUUCAAGUUUAAGUUCAAAACCGAGUAA